AGUGUUGCAUGACGCGUGAGCAGCGUCACUCCGACACCGCGAGUCCGCCGGCUGGGCGGUGCGCCGCCCACUGAAAACACUCGAGCGUCAGUCUCGACGUCCACUCCGCGCGGUCCGCCUGUCGUUUCCCGCGACGGCAAACAAACCCCCUAUUUAUAAGUACAAUAAGAACCAUAGUCAAAUUUCGCACGUGAUACGAAAAACCGCGCCAUUUUUGUUUUUUUUAUUUCUUAUUUAUAAACAUUAACAUUUCGAACGGGAAACGACGUAACGCGCUUCGAUUCGUUGAUUCGAUGUUCUCAAUUUAAAUUGUAGUGUUUCAGACUAACGGGGUGACUAAUAUUUUUUGUGUAUUUUUGAGGAUACAUUGUGGAUUCUUUUUUUGAAGAAUUGGCUACCAGACCCCGGAACAGAAGAACAACACGAAUCGAAACGAAAUACGAUAAAUAAGCGAACCGUACCCAAGAGUACGAGGCAAUAGACCGCGGACGGGUGAGACGUAGUCCCGAAUUGUGAUAACGAAGCCGGGGACGCCUAGACAUGGCGUCCACCGACACAUCGACCACCAGCAGUCAGAUAUCCGCCGUAGCUAAUGAGGAACACAAGCGUACCGUCGACGAAGCAUUCUUAAACAAGAUGAAAGGCCUCGUCGAAAGGUUAAGGCUUGAGAACGCGACCUUGAAGAAGUCGCUCGACAUCGAGCGGAGCGAGGUCCGAGCACUUAAGGCCCGCAAUGAGAGCACACUCAGAAACCUAAAGACUGAACACAGAAAGAAAGAAGAAUUUCUAGAAAAACAAUUACGAACAGCUAAACCAGAUAAGACAUCAGACAGUGCACAGUCACUAGAUAACAAAGUCUUAGAAAUUAAGAAAUUAACGAUAGAAAUUCAGUCUUUAAAGUCAGCAAAUAAGGGUCUUCAAGAAAAACUCAAGGUUGCGCAGGCGGCGGAGUGCGCUCGCGCGGCCGAGCUGCGCGCGCAAGCCGCGAAGCACAGCGCGCUCGAACAGGCCGCGCGAAGAGACGCACGCGCACAGUGCCAUAAACUGCUGGAGGAAAUUAAAUCGAAAGAGAGGGUGAUACUACAACUGAAGCGAGAAGCAGCGCGGAUGGCAGUCAUCCAACAAAAUGAACAGACGCAGAGAAUGGACUGCGGAGCAAAUGAGCUGGGCAGGAAACUGCGUGUUGAUCAGGAAAAAGGGAAGACGAACCGAGAAGAUUUGAAAACCGACAUACAGCAUCGGAAGGAAACGUUUUAUAGGGAGGCUCCGUCAGACGAGGAUUCCGCGGUGUCGUCCGCGCCCGCCUCGCUGUCACCCCAACCGGCCAACGACAUGUGGUCAUGCGGCCAAUGCCGUUCGUCGGCGGAGCGCGCGUCGGCCGCUGCGCGGGAGUGCACGCGCCUUGCGGACGCGUUGCGAGACGCGCGCGACCAACUCGAGCUCAUGGAGUUCAGGCUUUUAGAGCUGGAAGACGCACAUCCUGAUAAGGGUCCCAGAGACAACCUCACGGACACAGAUUCGGGUUGUGUAUCUCCAGGCUCACGUAUCAAGGAUUCCGCGUCGCCUGAACUCAAACGAAUGGAUUCCGGAUACAAAUCCCCACACGCUCCUAGUAGCCCCUGUAAUCCCCGAAGGCACUUGGGAACACCACACGAUGACUUCAAAGAAGAUUUUGCGAGGGCCCAAGUGCUAGCCGACAUUUUAGACAAGAACUCCGAAGCCACCAGUGAUUCCCUCAAAAGCAACCCAGUCAAGGAACAUUUGGAACAAAUGAUACUGAAUGCGGCGUCUGCGGAGGAUAGGGCCUGCUUGGAGCAAGUUCUAAUGCUGCUAUACAACCUACAAGCGUUGAGCAGUUCUGUCAGCGAAGAUGAAUGCUAUCAGGUAAAACCGAAAAAAAUAUGUGACCUGAGAUUCAAACAAGAAACUGACAAGACUCAAAAGGCGAUCGCAACAGUAACGCCUUACCAACAGAAAGGAUACAAAUGCGAGUCCUUGGAGAGUCUUUGCAGUGAAGAGCGAAAACCAAGCAACGUUCUGCAGGAGAGCGGCAUCUUUGAAGGUGUUGAGACAGAGUCAAAGAGUACGCAAACAGACGUCAACGAAAGUUUUGAAUGUAGCGGUGAGCUAAACACCGAAAUACAACGACUGAAUAGUAUAAGAGAGAAGUUAGAGAGACAAGGAGUUAGAAAUAGGACACUAAGUACUAAAGAAGAUGGAGACGGCUUGGAGUGUAGGUGUGUGAAGUUGGGAAAGAAACACAAGCAGUAUUACGAGAGGAGGCUUAAGUUCUUGGAGGGAAAGAUCUCGAUUUACGAAGCAGCACAAGACGUUAAAGAGGCUAAAUUAGCACAGAGAUUGCAGAAAGAGUUCCUUCUUGAAAACAGAAUACAGGAGCUCGAAACGCAACUAUCCGAAUUACAAGACAAGUACGAGAGAUUAGAGGAAGAUUGCUGUGAACUAGAAGAAAUCGAAAAUGACACCCGUUUACAUUGGCAGCAGCUUGAGAUGGACUAUGAGCUCUGUUCAGCUCAACUAAGGGACAUGACGGAGCAACGAGAAUGUUCUCGGUCACAGGCCGAGCGCCUGAUGGCUGAGCUUACCAAUAGGGAGUGCACAUUAAAAGCGAGAGAGAAUGAGUUACGCACGAGGUUAGAGAAGUUGGAGAGAGCGGUGCCGGCACUGAUAGCGUGGAACGUCGUCCAAGCAGUUGGAGCUGAUCUAUCGUGUGGUGGAAAGCGAGCUCUAAUAAGCCGUAUGAGUGGCUACGGCGAGGACACUCGCAAGGCCGUGCAGCAGAUACGGCAGGAGUGCCGGCAGUACGGCACCCGGUGCGGUGCGCUCGUCGCCUGGAACGACAUCACCACCGGGUCCACGCCCACCGAACAGGAGUUGCAGAAACAAGUCAACAAGUUAUUAACCGAAAAGAAGAGGAUAGAAAGUCAAACUGAAGAAACGAAAAGAAAGCUCGAACAGAGAGUCCAUCAAUUGGAAGAAGAAUUGGAUACUGCAAAGAGACAGAUAACGGCAACGGUCUGCGGAGGAGAAGCUAAGAAAGAGAAGAUUGAAGAAGAAAUCUCAGAUUUAGAAUCACAGUUGAGAAAAGAUCAAGAAACUGGAAAGCAACCCGCAGACCCAGCGAUGGGCACGAAGAUACGAGCGUUAUUGAUCAGCGAGCAAGAACUUAAGAACAGGGUCUCAGAGCUGGAGAGAAGAGAGGCAGCGUACUUGGAGAUGUUGACGCAAGCAGACGACAUGUGGGCGGAGAUGGAGGGCGGAUACAAGAAGAGGAUCCAGGAGUCACAAACAUUGGAGACCACACUCAAGAACAGGGUUAUAAAAGUAGAAAAUGAGCGUGACCACUACAGGAAGUGCUUUGAACCGCUAAAGAAGAAACUGAAAGAAGUAGAAGAGUCUGAAUCAGGAAUGCGCAUAGCGUUGGAGAAAGCCGAGAGAGAUACUAAACUCCUCAAAGAUCAGAAUGCGAAUCUACACAGCGAGCUAAACAAAGCAGAACAAGAAGUUAGGAAAUCUGAAAUAGCGUUCAGGAGCCUCGAUGCUAAGUUCAAGAAAGAGAUAGAGCAGUUGAGAAAAUUGAAUAAACACUUGGACACUGAUCUGAAGUCUCACAAGGAAUCAGCGAAAAGGGCGGAGAAGAGUUUCGUCGGGGACUUGGAGUCUAUUAGGAAGGAACUGGCUCGAGCCUACAAGAAUAAUCAAGAUCUAGAAGUAACUAAUAGUGAACUUAAGGAGGAGGUCGAAUCUCUGGAAAAACAGCUUGCUUUGACUCAGAAAGCUUUAACACAAUGCAAAAGGAAGUGUGACGAGAAGGUAAAGACUUUGAGUCACGAGUUGUCCAUCAAAACUGAAGAGUUAGAAGAAUUGAGGAGUGAAACUAUGCGACAGUCGUUCCACGCUUCUCGCGUAGAAUUGCAGCCGGAUAGGACUGAAUAUAUUGACGAAGGCUAUUCUGUAUACACGGCGGUACCAAAGAAGACAGACUACGGGAGAAUGCAUCAUAGUAUGAGCUACAUAACGCCGGAGUCUCGCUGCUCGUGCCCGGCGAUGCGCAGCCAGCUGGUCGGGCAGCUGAUCGAGGACCUGUUCGAACGGGUGCACAACACUGUGGACGACGACCUGACCAGACUGUGCAACGACAUCAAUAUGAUUAAUAGUAGAGAAGUGACUGCUGAAACCAAAGCGAAAAUUACAAAUUACCUCUUAAUGGCUAUCUCGAAGGAGCUCGUUAGGUCUAUAGGGGACGCUGAUGCUAAGACUGAUACAGAGGAGUGGCGGCGCGGCGCGUCGUCGAUGUCGCAGGCGAGCGCGCACAUGUCGUGCGGCUCGCAGCACGCGUCCAACGCCAGCGUGGUGGCGGGCGCCGAGCGGCUCGCCUCCGUCAGCUGCGCCUGCGCCGCCGCGCGCCUCGUUACCAAGCGCCCCGACCUCUCCAAUGCUGUCAAACGCUGUCAGGAGGAAGUUCUGGAUCACGGCGAUGUUAAAAUCAUGGAGGAGCAAUUAGCGAAUGCAAUCGAAAGUAUUGUUAAUUGUCCAUCUUGUGCGUUGGGUACAAAUGCGAUAGUUUGGAGCACGGAUGUUUAACAACGCCAUUUUCGUGCGAUUUUAUGUGUAAUACCUCCACCGACCUCACUCUGGUGCCUUCAUUAGUUAAGCCGUUAGAAACUUACGAAGUGUAAAUAUAUUUGUAUCAUAAUAACAUAAUACUCCUAUUUUAAUGAAGUAACGUAACCGAUAAGCGAAUCAUAUCGAACAAGUGUACCUACAUUCGAAUAAGGAAACUUUGAAUACGCAUCAAUUCUCGACGUAUUUUUGUUUUUUUUUCUGUGCCAAUUGUGUUUUGUAAUAAAAUCUUGCGUGCAAUAAGAUUUUUGUAGUAAACUGUUAAUAGAUCUGAUAAUCAUAAUUGAUAUAAUUAUGUAUCGUCAUAUUUUUUUAAACGAACCAAAAUUGAAGGACUUUUUUGUAAUUUCUUUCGACCGUUUUUAUUGUAUCAUUGCAAGCAAGUGUUGUUUUGUGUAAAUAAUAUUAUAAUUAUUAUUCGAUGACGAAUCAAUGUUUUGUUUUAUUAACAAUCGAGUCACUCACAAAAUUAGAUACAUUGUCUUUCUCUAUUUUAUGUAAUAAAAAGAUGAUUUAAUUUAGAAGAUGAUUCAUUGAUUGAUUAAAAACUUAUUAUUUAAA